AUUUUUUCUUGUGGGGUUCACACCUUUGGCGCGAAGGCCAGACAUAUUCUUUCCAUCUCAAAUCUCAAUCACAUUUCAUACGCUCCCAGAGUCCCACUCCAUCUUUCAGUAUGUCGUCUACUCACAACCUUUAAACAUCCGAGAGGCUCAGGGUUCAGUCAUCAGUGUGAUUAGUUUCAUUCGGAUUUUUUAAAAAAGGGUUCAUGGCUUUGCAAGUGAGCACAGCGGGUUUUUCUCUGUUUCAUCAAAGAAGGGUUCAGAGAAUAAGAGCCGUUGCUUCUGAGGAGUUCGCUUCCUUGAAAACACAAGAAGAUAAAGUAAAGUUGGGAGGUUCCGACUUGAAGGUCACAAAGCUGGGAAUUGGAGCUUGGUCAUGGGGCGACACCUCCUACUGGAAUAAUUUCGAAUGGGAUGAUAGGAAGCUGAAGGCAGCAAAUUCUGCUUUCAAUGCCAGUAUAGAUUGUGGUAUAACUCUAUUUGAUACAGCUGAAGUUUAUGGCUCAAGGUUGUCUUUUGGUGCAAUAAAUUCUGAAACUCUACUUGGAAGGUUCAUUAAGGAAAGGAAGGCAAAAGUUCCAGAAUUAGAGGUAGCUGUUGCGACCAAGUUUGCUGCUCUGCCAUGGAGGUUGGGUCGUGGUAGUGUUGUUGCAGCUCUUAAGGAUUCUCUGUGUCGCCUUGGACUUUCUUCAGUGGACCUCUACCAGCUCCACUGGCCUGGAAUCUGGGGAAAUGAAGGUUAUAUUGAUGGGCUUGGAGAUGCUGUUGAGCAGGGACUUGUUAAGUCUGUGGGUGUUUCAAAUUACAAUGAGAAGCGUCUUCGAGAUGCUUACAAGCAGCUUAAGAUCAGAGGUAUUCCACUUGCUUCAAAUCAGGUAAAUUACAGCCUUAUAUACAGGGCUCCAGAAGAGAAUGGUGUAAAAGCUGCCUGUGAUGAGUUGGGGAUCACUCUAAUUGCAUAUUCUCCUAUUGCCCAAGGUGUUCUUACUGGAAAAUACACACCACAAAAUCCACCUUCUGGACCUCGAGGUCGAAUUUACACUCCUGAUUUCCUCACCAAGUUACAACCUGUGUUGAACAGAAUCAUGGAAAUAGGACAAAGCUAUGGCAGGACUCCCACUCAGGUGGUUCUCAACUGGCUAAUAGCCCAAGAGAAUGUAAUACCCAUCCCUGGAGCCAAAACUGCGGAACAAGCAAAGGAUUUUGCAGGUGCACUUGGGUGGCGACUUACCAACGAGGAGAUUGUUGAGCUGCGAUCGUUGGCAUCCGAAGUAAAACCUGUCAUUGGGUUUCCUGUUGAGAACUUGUAGUUCUUUUUUGGCAUUGAUGAUGUGGAUUUAGUCCCUAAAGGGGCAAGAGGUGCUGUACACUAGACCUAGUUAGUGGGUUAGUGUGGUUUGUGCCAGUGCUAGGGUGCACACAGGGCCCACUGGCACAACGUGGAGAGCCUGACUUUUUCAAUCACAGGGAUGCGUUAUGACCAACUCGACAUUAGUGAAUUGGCACUUGUAAUUUAUAGACAAUUUAUUAUUUUAUUCAAUCAUUCAAUGUAAUGUGAUCACAACUGUAUCAUUAAUGAGCUUACAGUGAUAUUCUGCAUGUAAAGGUUUCCAGCGAAAAUAUGUUUUCACUUUUCAGAGCUUAA